UGGCCUCGGGUCUCUCGGCGGCACUCAGCGUGCGGCAGUCCCCGCGGCGCCAUGUCGUUCUGCAGCUUCUUCGGGGGCGAGAUUUUCCAGAACCACUUCGAGCCGGGCAUCUAUGUGUGCGCCAAGUGUGGUUAUGAGCUCUUCUCCAGUCGCUCAAAGUAUGCACACUCCUCCCCAUGGCCGGCCUUCACUGAGACCAUCCAUGCUGACAGCGUGGCCAAGCGUCCAGAGCACAAUCGGCCCGAAGCCUUAAAGGUGUCCUGUGGCAAGUGUGGCAACGGGCUGGGCCAUGAGUUUCUGAAUGAUGGCCCCAAGCGGGGGCAGUCCCGCUUCUGAAUAUUCAGCAGCUCGCUGAAGUUCGUCCCUAAAGGCAAAGAAAGUUCUGCCUCCCAGGGGCAGUAGGCGGGCAGCCCACACCCAUCCCAGAUGGACACAGCACCGUGGCUACAGUCCGGCCAUCCCACCUUGGAACUGGAACCCCAGACGUUCAGAC